UCUCCCUCCCUCCCGUAGACAUUCGCGAAUACGCACGGACACGCGGCUGGUUCUCUCUUUCUCUCUCGUUCCCUCUCUUGGCAUCUCGCGAGCACCGGCGCACGCGGCACACUCUGUCCGCUUCUCGUUACCCGAAUCGGCCCAGUCGUGCCAGUGCGCCACGGUACCCGCAGUCUGGGGUUCCCGUCCAUAGCCAUACAUUCAGUCGAAGCAGUCGAAGCAGUCGAAGGAAAGAGCGAAGUAGCGAACCGACCGAUCGUCCGGACGUUCUUGCUUGGCGUGCCGGCCUCGUACGUACAUACGUACACGCGCGACGUAACGAGACACGUAUAAAGAGGAAGAAAGAGAGAGAGAGAGAAAGAGAGAGAGAGAGAGAGAGAGAGAGAGAGAAGGUUCGUUUCUCCUUGCUUGCUUCGCCGGCCUCCUGGUCGGCCUGAGUCGAGCCGAGCCGAGCAUGCCGAGGCGGGGCUCGCUCUAAGGUUCAAGCCACGCUGUAUUUUAGACAGUGAAAAACAUCCGUAACGUUCUCGAUUCAGCAUAUUGUUCUGGAACGACGAGCGCCCCUUCCGUCGCGUUGUACGAGGAAUCGCCUGGCUCGUCUUUGCCUGGCUACCUGCUGCCUACUUGGACCCGCCUGUGCGUAGCGUAACCGUAGCGGCAGAUCGAAUCGCGCAGAAAAUGGACACCGUACUCUAGCAGCAGCAGCAGCAGCAGCAAUACGAACACGCUCGUAGAAAACGAGCGACCUCGAAAGAAAAAGAGCGACGUAUGCCAGGGCAGAGUAAGAGGGAGAAAUCGCGCAAAGUACGGCGAGAGUAUGUAAAGCCGCAACGAUUACAGCCACGUCGAGGGAACGGAGGGAAAGGACACAAUCACAUUACCAGGAUGCCUCGGGUAAGGAGACAAGUGAUCCUGGAGGAUCCAGCCAGGCCAGUUACUCCAGACAUGGUAGAAACAAAGUUGCUAAAGUCUGAGUUUCUGGAUGAUGGUUCGUUGGAUGAAAUUCAACCUCCAAAAGUGGCAGAAGAAACACCAAGCCCUCAUUUACAGGAUCACCAAUAUGGACAAACACCUUGUUACCAAAUAACGAGAAAACCCACACAACCACCACCAAGAGCUGAGAUAUCAGUUCAAGCGGUAAAAAGAAGACUGAAUUUAGAGGUAGGGACAACUGGUCCCAGCCAGUCUGCCUUCAAAACACCCAGAGGUAAACGUAGAAGAUCCGGCUCGAAUUCUUUAGCUGGUCAUACACCCACCAAAAGUAAAACUGUAGAAAGGACACGGUAUGACACAUCUUUGAGUUUGCUCACAAAAAAGUUUAUUCACUUAGUUGAAAGCAGUCAGGAUGGUGUGGUGGACUUAAACGUAGCGUCAGAAAAGUUGGAGGUACAAAAACGUCGUAUAUACGAUAUUACUAAUGUUUUAGAGGGCAUUGGUAUUUUAGAGAAGAAAAGUAAAAACAAUAUUCAAUGGAAAGGCGGUCAGUUACCGAACAAUCGGAACGAUAUCGCUAAUCUCAGAUGGGAGGUCGCAGAUUUGGAAGCUAAGGAGAACACUCUGGAUCGAUUGAUUCACGGUGCUGAUAAGAAUCUUCGCGAGCUCUGCGCGGAUAGACAAUACGCUUAUGUGACGUAUCAUGAUUUACGUUCAGUCUCAAUGUACAAAGACCAAGUUAUUAUGGCUGUGAAAGCCCCGCCGGAAGCUACCCUCCAUGUCCCACAACCGAUCAAUAACUUUGGUCAACAAAAGCUUCAAAUGCACAUGAGAUCGGAACACGGCGAGAUAGAUGUGUUUCUGUGUCCUGAAGAUUCCACAGUCAAAACAUCCUAUCCUGGGUAUGCGACAACGCAAUCUGUGCCUCAAUCAAAAGAAUCCGAUAUACCUUGUUUGCCUCCUGAAUUGUUGGCUAAUCGAGAAAGCGACAUGCGAAUCGAGCCAGUACCUUCCGAUGAGAGUUUCAUAAAUACUCGUCUGUGUACCCCUGUAACUACAGUUACCAGUAUAACAAGCAUGAAGGACGCGUUCUUAUGCGAAUCCGAUGAUUAUGGACCAAUGGGCGGUGGCAAAUUCCAACUCCAAACAGAGGACCAAAUCAGCUCAGAUCUGAGUAUUCUCGAUUUUGGAGAACAACUACUGACUUUGGAACCACCUCUCUCCGAAAACGACUACUCGUUCUCGUUAGGCACCGAGGAAGGUCUUUCGGAUCUCUUCGAUUUUAAAUUCUAGAAAUAUCAUCGCUUAUUGCACGGGCGUUCGUGUCUUUUUGAGUUGUUACUCAAACAAAUGAAACUGCUUCGUCAGUUUUACAAUGCGCCUUCGCGUUACAUAAUAAUGAUAGUUGGCAGUUUCGUUCCGCGCGUCGAUCUUCGCGAAAAAUUGCAAACAUACAAAGACAUUUUUAUUUAUUUAUUAUUUCUUCAAGCACACCAUUUUAUAUCUGGAAUUUACUUUCCGUAUUUUUUGUACUUAAAAGUACAAGAAGGCUUAAAAGAAUAGCAACAAAAUAGUCGAGACAUAGGCAAUUUCAUAAAUUGCAUUCUGUUGAAAUCAAAGAUAUAUCACAUGGAAUGCAUUAUAUUUUUCGGUAACAGAAUUUUUUACACCGUCUAUUGUAUGCUCCAUAAAAACCAUAAAGGAAUGUUAUUGUCUGCACUAGAAUAUUUUAAUAUUUUACGUUUUUUUUGUACUCAUUCUGGAAUAUUUCGUGGUUAUACUAUUUUAAUUUCUUAUUGCGGACCAUAAACUCUCAGUGUGAAAGAGCCGAACCGCCGAGGCACAGGAUAAACAUAUCACAAUAUUGUUAAUGUGUGCUUCCGGCUUGAAAUGGUCUGCGUUGAUCACGUUUGCGGAAUGGAUUGCAAAAAUAUUAGACAAAGAGACAGAAAAGAGAUAAAAGAGGAAGAGUGUGUAUAUG